UAACUACUUUUUUUUCUUAGCAGUAAAUCUCCCCUAAUCCUGUGGGCUGAGGAGACAAAGGCCUCUGGGAUCUAAUCCUGGACCUUUUAGUGAGGUUCCGGGGCUGGCCUACAGAACCUCUACUAAAUGUCUUCUUUUUAUCAGACACUUAUAUAGCUUGACAGCCAAGAACAGCGGGAAAAAAAGCUAAGAAAACACAUAUUCACAUAUUUUAGGAAUCUAAAUGUAUGAACAAGUACUGUACAAGUAUGAACAAAAAUGUUACAUUUUAUGCCAAAUGUUCAGUUCCUAUUGGGCAAAACAACUACAAAAAAUAUAAUGUAUCCGACAAGUAUUGAACGAGAUUGUAGUCACUAGCUUGAUAAAGUCAUUAUUCAAAUGGGGGACUAGAUACAUGAAGUGCUUUCAUUUCUAAACAUAAAACAAAUAUAUUAAAAUAUACGCUCAAAAUAAAAGGUAUACUGUCACCUAAUAUUAAACAUUUGAUCUCAAAUCCAAAAUGCUGGAGUAUAGAGACAAAUUAAAAAAUUUAGCUUCACUGUACAAAUACACAUGGUGGUGAGUGUAUAUAUUGCCAAAGAAAAAGGCAUGGGAUUGUGUGACCCCUGAGACUGACUGUGUGGGUCACUGAUAAAAUGCAGCAGACAUUUGAACAGAAAUAUGCCUGAUAGUGAGGGAACCACCCAAGAGGUCUAAGAAAUACAUUCACUACACCCACAACAUCUGCUAAUCACAUCUAUGUGACCAGUAACAUUUGAUUUGACCUUUAGUCAUGGUAUUAUGCAAUUAAACUCCUACAGAAAUAGCGUAAUUGAGGGCAAAAAUGAAAACCUCGUAAUGUAUCGCUGGCCAGACUUUUGCCUUGAGGUUCAGAGUAAAAGAAAAGAAUGAACGUUUCAGUAACAAAUUGAAGAACACAGAGGGCUGUUAAAAACAGUGAGGUGGCUGCUUUUCGCUCCAGUUGUGGUAAUGGCCCCUCUCCUGACUGUAUGGCUGGUGUACUUGGUGUGUGUUUUACCCUGACUCUGGGACACAACUGAUACUCGUGGGAAGCAUAAUCUGUCACUGAAUGCUUAGCCUUCCCACCCUUCGCACCUCCGCUAAGGCCUUAGUGGAAUUUACAUGUCUAAACCCUUCAGCCCAAAGCAAGAGCUGGGUUAUUGGAGAUGAUCUUAUUGGAGAGUGUUACAAUUUGAAAUGUGUCAGAAUGCACAGGUGUGCCAGGACUUUGGGGUGAGGAGAAAUACAUUUUGUUAGAUGGACUGUGAUAUCCAUACUAGUAAUUGUGUUUUCAUAUUUUCAUUCCACAAGAUACAGAUUUCAUUGCACCAGUAGUAACAUUUGGAUAUCAUAUUUCUAUUCCGAUACAUUUAAUUCCAACAUAAUACUUUACAUGACAAUAUAUUGUACACACCAUUGGCUUAGAGCAUGAUUUAGUCAUGGAUACUGAAGUUGUGAAAUUUUCUGAGGGUGUGCAGUGCAGCAGCCUACUUUAACAAAGUGUAAUGUGAUGUUUACUGCAUUUGUUAAAAGAAGUUGAGAUUAAUUCAAGUGUUACUGAAAAACACACUCCACCUAACCUAUUUGCAAAUUAGGAAAAACCAUUUGCAUGUUGUGUUUUAUCACUAUUUUCUUUAUUUUGGUGGGAUAAUAGUUCUCUUUGAGGAGAUUUUGAAUCUGGCUCAAUUGAACCUUAGGAAAUUGGUCUCAAUGGCCAAUGUCCAAAUUGUGUUUCACAGGCUGACAGUUUAUGGGCUAAAUAUGUAGCCUGUUAGCAAAACAAACUGCAAAGCAAACCCCUUCCAAGUGGAGAUUGACAAAGCAGGGAGUUUGGGAGAAAGGAGGCUGAGAACAGGGAACAAUCAACGGGCUGUUAUUUUAAUCUGGCCUGCCACUGAGAUUAGCAGACUACAUUGUUUUAAUUGUUUUAACAGGAGCGAAUGAAACACUCGUUUUAUUGAGGGGGGAUCCUUUGCGUAAAUCUCCCCAAAUUCAAUAGUUUAAAAAACUUGAGGCAUUGGACCCCCUCUUUUCCCUCAUCCCACCUAAUCCAGGGUAAUACCUUUCUUUCUAUUGGCUAACGGUUGAGGGGAGCUGGAGUAAAUGGUUCUUUAAAAAGUCGUGGGUGAGAAUGGUCUUCAGAUAAUUAGAUCCAUGCCACGACAAAGGGUAGCGGCGUACGAGGAUAAGGCCUGCAUUUCAAACUAUUGGACUGUAUAGGUGGACUUCUAAAAGCUCACGAGAAUAGGUUCAUUUCUGCUGUUUUGUGUGCUUCUCAGGUCCGCUAUGAAUGCCUUACAUUUCUGCGGGGGAUCCGACAGUGGCAACGGAGUCUAUCCUCUGCACAGCGUCAACUCCGUGUUUUUCGACCUCCACCACCAGAUGGCAGACCAGUACCCGAUUUAUCCAUCAACCAAUUCCUCCUCGGUACACACGUUCUCUGUUGCUGAAAGACUUGCAGAGUUGAUACUGGAGGCCCGUUAUGGGAACCAGCAGAAGCAGCGUCGGAUCCGCACAGCCUUCACUGUGUCUCAGUUACAGGCUCUAGAGAAAGCCUUCCAGCAGACCCAGUACCCUGAUGUAGGUAUGAGAGAGAGACUGGCUGUCUGCACCAAUCUGCCUGAGGCUCGCAUUCAGGUGUGGUUUAAGAACAGAAGAGCAAAGUUCCGUAAGGGACAGAGAUGCUCCCCUCUUCCCAGAGAGCAAAGCCUGGAGGAACCAUAUCAAACCAAGGCAGGGGGGGAAGAGAGGAGUACCAAGGAUUCAAAAACACAAAGUGAAAUAGCUCCUCUCUGGGAAGUCAGUGAUGCUCCUACCAUUUCUUGUCCUGGAGACUCCAUUGUGUCUCAGAACCACUCAAGAUUACAUUCUCCUCCCGUUUUUCCCUUUGUGGGUGGAGAACGGUACCACCUUCCACAUCAUCAGGCUUUAGGGAUGCUGUCAGCUGGCCUACAUUUCACCCCCACAUUCUGGCCCAUUCUACAGCAACACAGCCCAGCUAUAGGAGUUGCCCCACCGGUUGGUAAAAACUGCAGUCUUUCCCUUCAGACUUCCUGUCCCAGUAAAGCUGUACCCACCCCCAACCUGGGUCUAUAACUGCACUACCAACAACAACAACUUCUCUUCAGUGUGUGUUGGCAAAAAGGGACUCAAAGGAGGAAAUCCUACACUGCUGCACUGGUGUCAACAUGGACACAGAUAAACUACUGAUUUUAUACUUUGACUCUGUACAACUUUGUGAUUACAAGGAGCCUUUGCUAAUUGUCCUGGUAGAGUGCAUCUGACAAGUGAAUAUGUCUGUAGAUAAGUUUGAUUAAGAAACACUCAAAAGGGCUAGUAUGUUGUGUUGUUGUGAGCAUUUGGGAUUGCAACCUGGAGUGGAUUGGUACAUGCUUCAUUUGCAUAAAGAUGUUACUUUCAGUUUUUACUCACUUAUCACAAGCACUUAGGAGAAUAGAGAAUUGUGAUGUGGUUUGGGGCACUUUUCUUUUCAAUUUUCAAAUCGAAUAACCAUUUGUUCAAGACAAUGUUCUGUAAUGUCUCACAGUAGGAAUAUUUAUUCCUAUCCUAUGUUCAUUUUAUGGUUAUACACAACAAAACCAUAAUUCAACUCGAUGUGAAUUUUAAAAUGUAUUAUGAAUAAAAAUGAUUUUGAAUGUC